AUGGAUCUUGUCGAUUCGGAUGAUCCUGCUUCUACCAGAGAAUUCCCACCCAAUCAAGAUGUGCCAAGCACGAGUCCAAAGGCACAUGAGUCCCAGGAUGACGUACCAGACAUUCAGCAGCAGCUGCUGGCUGAACAAAUUGACGUUACCGAAUCGACAGAGAAUCAAGCUUCUGCAGCUCCCAGCAUUGUUCAGCAUGGCCCAAGUGAGGCACAGGGAGAGAACGACGAAUCUGACACUAAAGAUGAAGAUUCGUCGGACUCGGAAACUGAGCCGGAAUCAGACACAGCCGAUGUCACUUUUCAACCAGAGAACGGCAGCGACAGCGAAGACCAGGAUGAGGACUCGCCGGAUGAAGAACAAAAGUCCAAGCCGAAGAGAAAGGCGAAAGCGACUGGACCAGUCGCAAAGACCGCCCAGGAUAAGGUCGGCAAGAAGCAGAGUCGUCUCGACAGAGCAUUCAAAAAUCACAUCAGAAAUGAGCUUGUGAGAAAGAGGCAAUUUGGUGAGCUUGAUGUGGACAUUGAACCGCCAAGGGCAAAGAGACUGUGCAUCCGCUUCAAGAAAAGCAAGAACACGUUGGCAGACACUGACAAUAUGGAAAUUGAUGAUCGCGACAAGCCGAGCAAUCUCGGACACGACGACCGCCAAAUCACUCAAAAAGAACGCGACGAAGACUUGAAGGGUCGUGUGAGUCAUGGAACGAACAACAGGAGAUCAGGAACUCAGAAACGGGAUUUGAAAGAAGCGACGGGUAUUUUCGGAAACAGUAAGGUGAAGUGCUUCGCAAACGGAACAUAUCACCUGAAAGGAAUGCGACCGGAUAACCGACUCAAGGAAGAGCAGCUUCCUGCUGUGUCAUGGAUGGUGCAGAGAGAACGUGGCAUAGCGCCUCCCUAUGGAGGUCUUCUCUGCGAUGAUACGGGUCUCGGCAAGACCAUGAUUGCCAUGGCAUGCAUUGUUGGCAACCCUCCUACACAGCAAGACCGCGAGGAGUUCUCGGGCACCACGUUGAUCAUUCUGCCAUCCGUGGACAUACGUGACCAAUGGCGAAAUGAGUUCAAAAGGCACGUUGAAGUCAUCAAGGACCAACAUAUUCUCACCUGGCACAACACCCAGUUCAAGAAAGAUGGCGGGGACCUCACUACUCUUACCAGGUACAAGGUGGUCUUGACUACCAUCGCUGAGCUUCGCCAAUAUCCUGAUGAUGACACGUUGCAGAAGCUUGACCAGGAGCAUGGACGGAGCUCCAAGGAGUACCGUGAAGCACUGGCGGAAAUCGCUGGCGCGAUCUUCGGUGUCAAAUGGUACAGGAUCAUCCUGGAUGAAGGCCACGCCAUCAAGAACCAGAACACUCUGUCCUUCAGAUCAUGCUAUGAAAUAUUCCCUUACAUCAAGCUCCUGGGAGUAGAGGGCAUUCAGACAUUGAAUGACUUGAAGAACAGGUUUUUCAAACCGCAUGACAGUCAGACCAAGUUAGAUGCUUUGAUCCAUCUCAUCACUUACCGAAGAACCAAGAAAGACGAGUUCCUUGGCCGGCCAAUGAUGGAAUGUCUUCCGAACUUUGAAGCACAAGAGAUCUGGGUGCAUCUAAGCAAGCAGGAGCGGAUGAUCUACGACGCGGUCACUGAGCAUUACGCCCUCACGAUUCCACCCAACAAGCUGGGGGGCAUGCAUUGCCAACGCAUGCUCAUUUCUCAUGCUUGGAAUUUGGAACGAGCUUUGCGGGUUGACUUCAACCCUCAUUAUCUCACCGACAUAAGAGUUAAAUUGAUCAAACUCGCUGGAAAGGCCCAUCUCCUCGCAGAUGAACAGAUAUCUCCUCGCAUUCCGGAAACAAUCCCGAAGACAGAGAACUCCAGCCAUUCUAGCAAGAAUGACUCGUCAGAAAAGAAUGCGCUCACUAAGCCGAAGGGGACCAAGUCAAAGACGAAAGGGAAGCUAAAGACAGUGAAGACCACAAAAGGGAAGGCCAGCAGAAAACACUCGUCCAGGACCUUUCACCCCAAGACGACAAGUAGGGAACUUGGCAUGGAGAGCCUCUUGCAAUAUGCAGUCAAUGAGCAUAUCGUUGAUCACGAAAAGUGCAACAAGUGCGGAAAAGAAGAUAUUGAAACUCCGUGGGUCAUCACCGAGUGCAACCAUCUAUUUUGCUAUGCGUGCGUUUCCAAGACUUGGAGAAGCGCUCUUGAUGGAAAGUGUCCCACGUGUGGCAAGGGUUACGACAAAGAAGAGGGAGCCCACGAAGUUGCCUGUCUCACUACUAAGGAGGCAGAGUACGUCGAGGUCGACAAGCGCACUGCCAUUCAGGAAGCAGAAUCGGCUCCACCCGCCGCCGUGGCUCUCAAGAAAAAGGGGAAGAGAGCCCCUAAGAAGCCGAAAAAGAACAAGAAGCUCACCGAAGAGCAGAAAAAGAAGAUCGAGAAGGAUUACACCAAGAAGAAGUACGGAGUGGAUGCCAACGGCGUCUUUAUGGAUCUAAAGGGGGAUCACUCGAGCUUCAUCCGCGUCGGAACCCAUGAGGCCAACGGUGCCGUUCUGCACAGCUCCAAGACGGCCUGCGCCAUGGACAUCCUCACCCGAUGGCAGAGCGAAACGCCAGAUGAUAAGAUUAUCAUCUUCCACGAGUUUGCGAAGACGGGCAAGAUCCUCGGCAUGGCGCUCAACGAAGCCAACAUCCCCUUCGUCUACCUGAACGGCGAGUUAUCCGACUCCGCGCGGCCCAAGGCCAUCAAAAGAUUCACGGACGAUCCUACCGUAAAAGUCCUGCUUUCGUCUCGCGUAGGCAAGGAAGGCCUCAACCUUACCUGUGCCAACCGCCUCAUCAUCAUCGACAACUGGUGGAACAACGCAGCCGAGCUGCAGGCCUUUGGCCGCAUCGACCGCAACGGCCAGAAGAAGCGCACCUACGCCUUCGUCAUCAAGGCUGCCGACACCAUAGACGAAUAUAUCGAGGAUCUGCAGGAAAGCAAGGCGGAGAAGGUCGCUCACAGGCUUCAAGAUGACAAACAUGAGACCAAGCUCAUGAGCGAGUGGGAAAUCAUGAUGCACACGGCGCCGGAGGCGUACAAGGCCAAGUGCGCACAGCUGAUCGAAGAGAUCGAGGAGGAGGAGGCUAGCGAGGAUGAGGAAGAGGAUGCUGCGGAGGCUGCACAGGCUGCGAGCCGUUGGGUAAGGGUCUGA